UGGAGUGUGUGGGGGGAGAAAAUCAUUUUAUCCUCACUUCAGGACAUUGUUAUACAAUAGCCUACACACAUGCGUGGUCUUUGUUUUUUUUUCCUCUCCAUCCUGACCCGAGUGUCGCCCACCUCCAGUGGUGUCAUUGGCUUCAUCGGGCACAAUGUCACCUUGCCCUGUAGGUAUGACACUCAGAGUCACGGUGUGCUGAGUUUCUGUUGGGGACGAGGAGAGGUUCCCAGGUCCAAAUGCUCCAACACCAUCCUCUCCUCGGAGGACGGGGCUGUAAACCUCAGGAAGUCCUCCAGGUACCAGCUGCUGGGCAGGGUGACAGAUGGAGAUAUCUCCCUGACCAUCCUGAACGCUCAGUGGAGCGACGCUGGUGUGUAUGGCUGCAGGGUCGAGAUCCCUGGGUGGUUCAAUGACUAUAAAGCCAACACAAACCUGGUCAUUGAGGAAGCUCCUGUGGAACAGGACUGGUCACUUAUUGGUGGGAGACAUAAUGAGCAAUCAGAAACAUGGACAACAUCUGCAGAAGUUGGUGACCCAACACUGGGCAUCAUCAGAAGUGAGGAAAAAUUCAAAGCCUUCCUGAGAGUGGAGAACAUUGCCAGGAUGGGAGCUAUUUUUUUCUCCACCAUAAUCAUAAUCCUCGUCUUUAUUUUCUUAGGGAGAAGGUUUCAGUCAAGGGGGACACUUGAACAUCUCAACGCCUCAGCUGCUGAGAACAUUUAUGAAAGUGUCCCAGUGCCUAAGUGAUGGUCAGCAUCACACCAACAAAGAUUUCUACAAGGAGCUUCUGGCUGAAGAAGUGUCUGCUUGCAAUGUGCUGACGCUUUCCAUCUCUUCAGCUUUAGUGAGAAACCUUUUGAACUCUUAUCUGUUAAACAGUAAGAAGAUUUCUCCAGUGAAGCAGCUUACAGGGUAACACUGUUCUCAGACUGAACGAAAAGGGUAAAUAUUCAUCAGAAGAUGCAAAAAAAAUCCUGCAGAAAAUUAUUUGCUUUUAUUCUCUGUCUGUCUGUGUUUCAUGGCAAAUUUGAUCUCACAGCCCUGAAAAGCUUGUGGAUGGUUUAUACCUGUGGCCACAAUGCCACCUGCUGGACUCUACACAUCAGCAUCAAAAUAUAAGACGGGAUGUUUCUCUACUGAACCUUCAUUAAUGUGAGAAACACGGUUUGGUGUGGAAAGAUAGGACAGAGAAGGAGGAUAAUGAGAGUGUGUAGACUACUCUAUAUUUCUUGUAAGUAAACAAAUAAAUCGUUUUGGACACAUUUUAGCUCCACAUAAAUAACACUUCCACCAUAUUUUUGUCAGGUUAAGAUUAAAAUGUUUGGUUGGCUGGCAAUGACAAUUUAACUAUGAAACACUGAACCAGUUCUCUCCUGCUCCAACUCCUCUUAUUAUUUGGACUCACUGAUCUUGUUCCUGUUUUGCACAUAUAUCUUUCUUUCCCAUGAAUUAAUGUAGCAGUGCAAGAUUAAAGAAAUCACAGGUGGAGGCAUCAGCUGAAAUGCGUCAACAACUACAUGCUUUUGAACCGUUUCUGCUUUAUGCUACUCCUUACAUAACAUUACCUUUAAUCUGCCAAAUUGUGUACCCCAGUGGAAAUCACCUGGUAUUUGGUGCCUAACUACAUUUGACAGGUGUAAUGGUCAACAGAUUAGAUAGACAGACAGGUUAGAAGAUCUAGAGACUAUGACCCUGUAGGCAGACAGUUUAAGAGGUCGCAGCACCAAAAUGUGACAGCCUCGCAGGAACUGCAGUGUCAUCCUGAGCGACCUGAAGCCUUCUUCCAAACACGGUGUGCUUAUACAGGCCAAAACAAAUGAAAAUUAAUUUAUUGAACUGGAAAAUGUGUUUUAUUCUUUUUCAGCUUCAACAAUAGCAAACAUGAAGUCUACUCCUCCUCAGAUACAUUAUAUGUUUGUGAGAACUCCUCAACAUAUUGGAUAUAAUUUGAAGCAAUAACAACAUUCUUCAUUCUUCAACUUGAUGAUAGUAGUUUAAUGUUCAGAUAGUAAUGAGGUUGGGAAACACAGUGUUUACGUUUUACUUUCUCCAGUUCAAACAAUGUCAAAAGUUGAGAUGGCCAGGACCACUGCAGGUUGUGCCACAGUCUGUGAACAAAGUUUCACUUCAGGUGCUCAGUGUCUUUUAAAUGUAGUUUUCAUGACAACAUUGAUGCUGAUAAUGAUUUUAGAACAAGGAAGUCUUCUUGUCUUGGAAAUCACAGCAUUAAGACUUGAAUAUAUUUUCCAUUAAGAUUCACUCAGUGACUCACAGACUUUUUGUUUGAGAUAUUAGAUCAAAUGGUUUUUUUUAGCUAAUUCUAGCCCAACUGUCACGUAGGGGCUACUUGUUUAUAGUUAAAUUGAAAUAAUUUGUCCAUUCAACGACCUGUAGUACAACGUGUGCUUUGUGUUUCUCAAUAAAAAUAUUUGAAAUUAAUUAUA